CUUCAAAACCUGACAGGGCUACAUCAGGAAAGAGAAGUCGGGUUCCAGAAUCCAUCAGCAUAUCUUCAUCAUCUCUUGAAAUGCAUUCAACAACCAGAGGAAAAGUAAAAUCUACAGGGACUGCCGCAAAACCUACCAAAACCGUCAAGAAACCUACCAGUAAACCUGUACCACCUACCGGAUUUGCUAAACCAAUUGCAAAAGUCUCAAAAUUUUCUCAAAGAGGUGGGAGAGCCAGACCUGUACCACCAAUUGAUAAUUUGAAAGAAGGUUCAAAGACAGGGGCAAAAAAUGUCACUAUAGAAGAAAGGAAAACUACACGGAAACAGGAUAAUCGUUUGGAAAUUCAGGCAGUCCCAUCACAAAAUAACCAAAAUGGUCCUAAAUACCCACACAAGGAAAAACUAAGCAGACCUAAGGAAAUUUCUGAAAAGGAACAAAAACAGAAAACUGAAUUGAAAAUUGAAGAGCUUCCUGAGAAAACUCAGAUUAAAAAAGAGAAGAGAGAGAAAAAAGACAAAAUGAAAGAUGUUGAGAAUGACAUGGACAUGGGAAAGGAAACAGAUAAGAGCCAAUCAAAGAAAGAAGAUGGUGAAAAUGAUGGUGAAAAAGGAGAAGAAAAGGUGAACGUGACAAAAGGGGGAGAAGAGAAGAAGGAUAAAGAUGAGAAUGAGGGUAAAGGCAAGAAGGGAGAUGAAGAUAAGACAGAGGACAAGGACACGAAGGGAGAUGAGGACAAGACAGGGGACAAGGACAUGAAGGGAGAUGAGGACAAGACAGGGGACAAGGACACGAAGGGAGAUGAGGACAAGACAGGGGACAAGGACAUGAAGGGAGAUGAGGACAAGACAGGGGACACGGACAUGAAGGGAAAUGAGGACAAGACAGGAGACAAGGACAUGAAAGGAGAUGACAAAAAGAAGGGCAAGGACCCAAAAGCAGAGCCUAUGGGGAAAAAUGAUAAAGUAAAGGUGGGUAAGAAGGACACAGACCAAGGUGGAGUUGCUGGGAAGAAAAAGAACAUUAAAAAAGGUAAUAUUAAAGAAAAAUAGCAACAGAUUUUACAAACAAAAUAGAAUUGAAUAGUUUUACUCCAAUACAUCAACUUCAAAAUCAGCUCCCGGUCUUUGUGGUGUAGUUAAAUUGAUAGACUCUUUACAUUCUCUUUAGUCACAAAGUUUCUAUAUCUUUGCUUGCAAUCUGGCAAGAUACCCUUCAGAAAUUUCAUCUUUUUAGAUCUUAGUCUCAAAUUUCAGCUUCCAAAUGUGUUUUUCAAAAUGUAUGUUCGUGAUGUGUCUUGUCAGGAAAUACAAUUUUUCUGAAAUAAAA